ACCCUGAUUUUAUCUGAUGAUAAAAACGAAUAUGAUGAUGAGCUAGUAAUUAACUUUGAGCAAAACUUAUACAAACAAGCCUUAAACUUAGCUAAAUAUGAAGAUGACUCAUGGAAAGAGCUUGAUGUAGAGGAUAUGACAAUUUUGCAGGAGAUAAGCUAUAAAGAAGCUGGCAUUAAUAACAGAAUGCCCAAGGAGUUUGCUAUGAAUGAAAUCAAUGCUGCACUUAAAGGAAUAGUGGAAGGAGAAUGCAAAGUUCUUCAACUAAACAUCAUCAUUUUAAAGGCAGGACCAGAACCAAACAGCAAUCAUGCAGUACAUUAA